AUGACGGCGCUAGAGUUCUUCACCGAACAUAUAGCGACCUUUAAAUCAAUUUUUGCUCAACACCUAAAUGUGGAACCACAAAAUGUUCAACUGCUCAGCGUGCAAGAGACACCUAGAGAACGCAUCCCACGUGCAGCGACGAUUCCCAGCUCUGCAACAACCGAUUUGGAUAUUUUAUUUACCGUAUCCAGAGGAGGUGGUCGAGGAAUGUUAAAACCGGAUCAUGUGUAUACGAGAUUGAAGCACGAUUUCCAAAACAUUGCUGAUCGCAGCGGGAAAAUGAAGUACCAAUUAACUACGGAAAUGUGCACUCCUGGUGUGUGCCAACGUGGAGAAUGCCGUGAGCGUGUCUAUCUUGAUGACCAACAACAAACGGUUAUCUCUAUUGGAGGCAUAGCUUUCGUUGCACCACAUCAUAAUCGAAUCGCUGAGUGUAUCUGCCCAGAGGGAUAUGGUGGACAACGCUGUGAACUGGAAAUCAAUGCAUGUGCUCGAUCCCCAUGCCAAGCUUGGGAAAUGUGUGUACCAUCGCAUGAGGGUAGGCAUGAUUGUAUCUGUCCUCCUGGAACAACCGGAGAUCGUUGUUCGCAACCAUCAUGCGAGAAUGAGGGUCGCUGCUUGGAAGAAGCUGAACUAUCUCUUGUGGAUGGGCGAGUUAUCUAUCGAUGGGAUGCCGGGUCUGGGGAGGGAUCCGUUGCUACGGAUGCUUCAAUUGCGGAUGCACAAUGGCAUCGUAUCUCAUUGAGCCGUCGUGGUCGAAGGACCAGGUUGGUACUGGAUGGAGCUGAUACGAAAGAAGGAUGGAGUCCACCUGGUACGUUAGCUCUUUUAGAUUCAUUUUUUUGAAA